AUGUGGCCACCGCGCCACGUGUUGUUUAAACAGGCAAACGCACUGGACCUGUUCCGUGCGCGUUUCCGAUGGCUGCUUCUAGAGGACUCCUCGCUUCAGAGCUCCGAGCAAGCACUGCGGAGCCUGAAUGUGCUGCUAGACAGCGACGUAAUUGUCGGACGUCGAGUCUCCGAGACCAGAUUCAGCGUCAUGGAAGUGUACAAACGAGGACCUCACGAGGGUUUGACCCGAAGCGUAACGGGCGUCUGGCAGAGCGAAGUCCAGCACUUCGAGCCCACUUCGUCGCCUGUAGUGUCCGUUAGGAGAAUGAACACCCGGAAAUCGGUCCUCAAGGCCGUUAUGGUGGUGACCAAUAACGAUACAAUGAACCAUCUUACUAACACCAUAGACAAACACAUCGACACCAUAACAAAGGUGAACCAUAACCUAUUCCUUCAUGUAGUGGACAUGCUGAAUGCCAGCUUGGAUAUGAAGAUAGUGGACACCUGGGGCUACCCUGACAGCGCCGGCCAUUGGAGCGGCCUCUCUGGAUAUCUUCAGAGAUCUGAGGUCGACAUCGGAACAACAGGCAUGUUCGUCACCAAGGAGCGGCUCCCUUUCGUGCGGUACAUCGCUUCGACUUCAGUCACGAAGAACGCCUUCAUAUUUCGCCAGCCACCGCUCUCCUUCAUCAUGAACAUCUUCACUCUGCCCUUUAGUCGGUCCGUCUGGAUGGCCAGUGUAGCCUUCGUCGUUGUCGCGGGGUCUGCUCUGUACUUGACAGUCCAAUACGAGGAACGGAGCGACAGAGUGACCGGGAGUGACAUUACACUCCUCUCCCUGGGCGCCGUGUGUCAGCAAGGCACCACACUAGAGACGGGGGGCGUGCCCGCCAGAAUCGUCCUAUUCGUGCUCUUCAUAACCGUAAUCUUCAUGUACACGGCUUACUCCGCCUGCAUCGUGGCCCUCCUCCAGUCCUCCACGACCGGCAUUCGCACCUUGAAGGACCUGCUCGACAGUGGCCUUACCCUGGGGGUGGAAGACGCUGUCUACAAUCGGCACUAUUUUCCGGCCGCUACAGAUCCUGUUCGUCGCGCGAUCUACAAGAAAGUGACUCCUGACCGCUUCAUGGCUCUGGAGGAAGGGCUGAAGCGGGUGAGGAAGGGGCUAUAUGCCUUCCACGUGGAGCUGGGUCCUGGCUAUCAGGUGAUCUCGGAGACUUUCCUGGAGGAAGAGAAAUGUGGUCUGCAGACAAUUAACUUUCUGAUUGAGAUUGUGGAGCCAUGGGUUGGCGUCAGCAAGACAACUCCCUUCGUGGAAAUCCUGUCCAUCGCAUACCGCAAGGUCAGGGAAACUGGACUCCAACACCGAGAAAAUGCGCGGUUCAUCCAGGUGAAGCCAGAGUGUGUGAGCAGAGGUUCCAUGUUCGUGAGUGUCGGGCUGGUGGACUGCUAUCCGGCGCUGCUGGUGCUGGUCUGCGGGCUGCUGUGUUCAGGGGCCGUGCUACUGCUGGAGGUUAUGGAGCUGCGUGUUCGUGAGUGUCGGGCUGGUGGAGUGCUAUCGGGCGGCGUUGGUGCUGGACACUUCCGGUCUCUUGAAACUGUUGCAACCAUCGCUUGA